AUGGGCUCCUCCGAUGAUGACCCCGUCGUUGCCUCAUACGACGUUUUCCUCACUGACUCCGAUAUCUCUCGCUUUGUCUUCCAAUACCUCGACCGAGAUGAACACUUUCCAUACAGCGACAGACAUAACUCACGACCCACUCAACUCCGAAUGAAGGCGCGCACAGGAGUUGUUGAGGUCGAUGUACCUAUCAACACCCGCGGGAAUUACGAUGUCAACAAGGGACUGCGGUACGGCGAGGCAAUCAAGAAGAGCCGCUCAUCUCGUGAUGGAGGCGCUUAUGGAAUGUCUGGUGGCUUUACUGCCGGAGGUGCCGCUGCCAAUUCUGGCGGCAGGGUUAAGUUGGAGGGCAACGGCGAUGUGGAGAUUGUGGACAACAAGCGGGCAGUGGAUUCAGCUUCAUUGAUGCGAACACAAUCACUUGCAGGCCGGGUAAAGCCUGCCGAAGAAGGUGACCCGAUCUACAUGCUGGCUACAUUCAAAGACAAAAAUCUGCACCUUUCGCCGGUCUCGUCAGUUGUUCAAUUUCAACCACAACUUCACCACCUCGAUGCUUUGGAUGAGUUGCCCAAAGCAAAGGGUCGAAAAAGAGAUGACGAGGAUCGACCCGCCGAGAGCGAGGCGCGCGCAAUUGAUAUCAAGGUUAAAGGUGCCGAAGAUGGAGAAGCGAACAAUGUCGGCGGGAAUCUGGAUCUGUUGAAAAAAAUGCAGGAAGAAAAGUGGAAAUCAUAUGGAUGGAUUGAUGCCGAGACCGAAGAUUCCUGGUACACAUAUGAAAGCUACAUGAUGCACCAAGAACCUGAGACACUACCAUCCAUGGAAACGAAUAUAAACUCGGAAGAUUACCUCGAUAAAAUGAGUGCUCCAAGGAUCGAUCCAGCACGACCUGAUCUCACCGGGUGGGCUAUGAAGGAAAACCGCCGGAGACAACGAGAAGGGGACUCUCAAAAUGAGAACGAGUAG